AUGAGCGAAACAGCUGUUCAGUUCGGCCACGAACUACCAGACCAGCUGCCAACCAUCGCGGCGACUCUUUCGGCUCAGCUCUCCCUCGAAAGCGAUGUCGCCUCCUUCCUUGCAGAGCGGGCCGCGCUGGAACGAGACUACGCCGCCAAAGUUCAAUCGCUCGUCCGCAAGUAUCGCGACAAGAAGGUCAAACGCGAUCAGGAUAUCUCGGUCGGUCCAACUCCCACCGUUGAAUGGAAGCACGCUCAAUCUACGCUGUCCACGCACAUCACAGACCUCUACUCGGCACACGAUGCUUCGGCCGCAGACCAUACCAAUCUCGCUUCAACGCUCGACGAUCUGUCCAACAAGAUGAAUGCUAGCACACGGUCGCGCGAGGAUCUUCGCAAGAAGCACGCUGCGUACGCUGGCAAGCUCCUCUCGGAUCGCGAAAGGACCUACUCGGAAAAGGACAAGGCGAAAGCAAAGUACGACGAGCUCUGCCGUGAGCUCGACUCGCAACGCCUCAAACGCGAAAAGGCUGCUGCGGGAGACCGUCACGCAGACCGCGCUGCCAAAGCUUUCCAGUCUGCCGAGCUGGACAUGUGGAAUGGCAAAAACAGCUACCUCAUCCAGAUUGCCGUCUCUAACAGCGCCAAGCAGCGAUUCUACCGACACGAUCUUCCUGCCGUUCAGGACAGCUUACAGUCGCUCUGGACGCUCUCCACCCGUCGUUUCGCAGCAUCCACCGCCAAGGCACAGUCCACCGUAGCUGCGCAUUACGAGCUCGUGGCCCGGAAGCAUCGCGAUCUAGAAGCCAAAGCAUCCAACGUCGACCCGGCUCGAGAUCAGAACCUCUUUGCCGAGCACAACAGGCAACGAUGGCAAGAGCCUGCUGGAUGGACGUUCGAGCCAUGCAUCGGCUUUUUUGACACGUCCGAAAUGUCGACUGAGCCCUCUGCCGUCACGUUCCUGCAAAACAGGCUGCUGCGCUGCAGAAGCCGCAUCGCCGAACUCAAGCCUCUGAUCGAAGCCAAAUCCAAAGAGGUCGGCGGCCUGCAGAAUCUGCGCGACGCAUACGAGAAGCAGCAAGACCUCGGCAAUCCGGACGAAGUCAUGGACCAUCUCUUUGAAGCUACACGCACCCUGUUCGGAUUCGAGAUCGAGCUGUACGAUCUGGAGGCCGAAGUAGACACGAUCAUCGCCAACAUCGGAGAGAACCAGGGCCAGGCAAGGCCGCAUCGAUUCAAACCGGCGUCGUUUGGCAUUCCGACCACCUGCCAUUUCUGCGGCGACAAGAUCUGGGGGCUGUCCAAGCAAGGCUCGGUGUGCAAGCCGUGCGGAUAUACGGUGCACCAGAAGUGCGAGAUGAAGGUGCCGGCUGAGUGCAAAGCUGCCCCUGGAGGCGGCAUCGCUGCUGGCGGCACGGAUUCUCCACGUGCCUCUGGGACGUUCAGCAGAUCGAGCCGCUCCAGUGCCGUCCUCUCAGACAGCAAGCUGGACAGAAGCACCAGCACUGCCAGAGCUCCCGCCGCUUCUAGCCGUCUCUCCGCAGUGGAGCCUCAGACGAGCGCCAGCAGCACGCAAGGCCCCACGGGCAGUGUCAUGUUUGCAUUCGAAGCAUCCAGUCCCUUUGAGCUCAGCGUCGCCGAGGGCGAACAGGUGGAGCUGCUCGAGGACGACGUCGACGGCAAUGGGUGGAUCAAGGUCCGCGCCGGUGCUGGCAGAGAAGGCCUGGUCCCCACGUCGUACUGCGACUUUGAAGGUGGUUCCGCAGCGGCAACAGCGGCUGUUCAACAAAGCACUGGAUACAGCAGUGCCGAAGCGGACACAGCGGCAGCACAAGGAUGCGGACUGUUUGUCCAGGCGCUGUACGACUAUGCAGCCCAAGGAGACGACGAGCACUCGAUUUCUGUGGGAGAGCCCAUCGAGUUGACUGCCACAGGCAUGAGCUACGCAGACGGAUGGUGCCAAGUCGUCAAAGACGGUCGUGUGGGUAUCGUGCCUUCGAACUAUGUAGAGCAGGUGUAG